AUGGACGACGUGCGGGUGCAAUGGCUGGGCGAGCGUCUGCAGCGCGCCCUGGGCCACACCGACCCGACUCCCUUCGAGGAGCUGCUGAACCGCAACGACGGCGAGGAGACGGAGCGGCUGCUCCACUUCCUCAACAUGAGCGCCAGCGCCGAGGACAGCCAGCCCGCCGGCCUCUUCUUCCGCCAGGAGCUGCGCCUCGACGAGAUCGAAGUCGAGAUCGAUGUGCCGUACGAAGAAGGGGUGGAUGAGGAUGAAACGAGUUCGCAGAGAAUGGGGGAGUCUUCCUCAACCUCCAUCAGUGAAGCAAAGAAAAGUUGGAGGAGCAGGAUGUCCGUAAAUGAACAAGCAGAAAGAACCGUGAGCGCGACCCCCUCCAUCGCCUCGGACAGGUCAGGCUUCGCGGAAAUAGAACGCGAACUGGGCAUGUCGCGGCAAAAGCUUCGGACGUACAAAAAAAUUGUGAAGCAAGAAAUUUACAAUCUCUAUUACCACAUGGCGGUGAACGAUAUCCCGGAAGACUUUGUGGAGAGUGACACGGUCUUCUUCCUGAGAGAGACGGCAGAAACGGUGUCGGAACCCAACGACUUGGAAGAAGCUGAGGACGUUUUGCCCGAAGUUUUGGAAUACGGCAUCCUGAACAACAACACUCUGUUGAUGCUCAAACAGAUCUUGGCCCUGGUCUACCUUCCCGCCAUGUCCCACAACCAGUAUGGCUUGGAGGAGAUCAGUGCGCAUGCGGAGUCUGAGAAAGCUGAGGGGGAAGAUUUACAGCUUGCUCAAAAGGGACUGAAGAAGCCGCUGGUGUUCGACAGUUACCACAGCCUGAGGAACGAGUUAUUAAUGAGCAUGCAGAAAUUCCUGAGUCACAUUCAGAGGACCAUCCAGCAGAUUGAAGGGGAAAUUAAGUUAGACAUGCCGACGUUAAGCAUAGAAGGGGACACGAAUGAGCUGGCGAGCGACCCGGAAGUGGUUGAAACAUUGGAAAACCUUGCAAAUGGUUGGCUCGUGUUGAUUGCUUCUGCCAACGAAGAGCUCCAGAGGAAAGUCCCUCAGGGGAACGGUCCACUGGCGGAGAUCGAUCUCUGGCGGGAGAGGAACGCCACUCUGAGUGCCCUGACGGAGCAGGUGAAGCUUCCCACUGUCAAGAAGGUCCUCCAGGUGCUUGAAAUUGCCAACACGGGGAUCGUGGACAACUUGCAGGUGGUUGUCGCCGAACUCUCCAAACACCACGUGGAAGCGGUGGACAACGUCCGGUUUCUCUCCACCCUGGAGCGGCAUCUGAAGAAUUUAACCCAUGGCACCGGGUUCAACGUGGUCUUGGAUACCAUCCCUUCCCUGAUGAACGCUUUGCGGAUGGUCUGGAUCAUUUCGCGGCAUUACAACAAGGACGAGCGGAUGAUCCCUCUCAUGGAACGGAUCGCCUGGGAGAUCUCGGCGAGGGUCUGCAAAGUCGUGGACCUGCGGACUUUGUUCAAAGAAGACAGGCAGUCGGCCAAAAUCAAGAUGGUGGAAGCUAGGCGAACUCUUGAAAUCUGGAAGGAAUCGUAUUUUGACAUCCGGGCCAAAAUCGAAGCGUCGGGAAGAGACGCUCGGUGGGAAUUCGACCGGAAGCGGCUCUUUGAGAAGACAGACUACAUGGCUUUUAUCUGCCAGGAUCUCUACAACGUGUUGCAGGUCAUGGAGGAAUUUUACAACAUCUUUGGGCCUGAGCUGAAAGCUGUGACGGGAGACCCCAAGCGCAUCGACGAAGUCUUGUACCGAGUAGACGGUCUGGUCAGCCCGAUGGAAGUUCUGACCUUUGACCCGUUCAACCUCAGAUCUGUAAACCAGUGGAAGGCGGUGAUGGAGGAGUUCAAGCUGGAGGUUGUUGACAUUGAGAAAGAAGCCAAGAACUUCAUCGACGAGUCCUUCAAGACCCUCCGUUCCGCAGAAGCGGCCUUCGACAUGCUGUUGAAGUUCAAGCACAUCCGUUCCCGGGAGGCCAUCAACAAGCAGAUGAUGAUGAAAUUCAACGAUAUCCUGGCGCAGUAUUGCAAGGAGCUUGAGAUUGUGAACGGCAUUUUCGUCAACAACCUCACCAGCCCUCCGUUGUGCAAGAACCACCCUCCGAUGGCUGGAGCCAUUUACUGGGCACGCUCCCUCUUCUACCGCAUCAAGCACACCAUCAUUCGGUUCCAGGAAGUGGAAGAACUGCUGGCGAGUGAACGAGGAAAGGAGGUGAAGCAAAAAUACCUCGAGGUGGCAAAGAGGAUGAAAGAAUACGAAGACGUGAAGUACAACCAGUGGAGGAACAUCACUGAAGAAAGACUUCCCGUCCUGUUGAAGAAGACUCUCCUGGCUAAAAGUGUACGUUCGGACGAGGUGGAAAGCACCAGCGAGAAGGGGACGCGUUUCGUGGUCAACUUUUCACCCGCCCUUCGGGAGAUUAUCAACGAAACCAAGUACAUGGAGCACCUGGGCUUCCCUGUGCCUGAAAUCGCGAGGAAUGUGGCUUUGCAGGAAGACAAAUUUCUGCGAUACACAGAUAGCAUCAAGCAGAUGCUGGACCACUACCACAAAUUAGUGGCGACCUUGAAUGAAGCCGAGAUGCAGCUUCUGGAUGAGCACAUGCAAGAUCUGUGGCGGGUUUUCCGAUCCGGUUACAAAAGACUCAACUGGAACUCUUUAGGGAUUGGUGACUAUAUUAUACGCUGCACCCAGGCCAUUGGGAAGUUCGAAUCCCUCGUGCAUCAGAUCCACAAGAAUGCCGAGGACAUCAAUAAUAAACUUUUAUUGAUCGAGUCAGCCAACCUGUUCAAAAGCCCUCCUUCGAAAGGAGACGGUCAUCUCCCAGGUGUGAAGGAUUACUUUGAGUUUAUCAAGCGCGAACGAGCCAGGGACAUGGAGCACUUGGUCCGCAAGUACACCUCGGUGGGGCCCCUGCUGACCAAGAUGGAAGGCCUGGUGGUGAACACCAACACCGGGAAAGCCUCGCGGCUCGUGCCGUACUACGCCUAUUGGGAGAAAAAAAUCUAUCAAAGCCUGACCAACUUGGUUCUGAAGAAUUUGCAGUCCUUCAAUGCCGCUGUGGUAGGGGAUACUCCGAUCUUCCAAGCGGAGACCAUUCUGUCUGCCCCCGAGAUCAUCCUCCAGCCGAACAUGGGGGAAAUUGAGAAGAUGAGUGUCCACUGCAUUCGAGACUGUGUGGAAACCACCAAGCUUUUUCUUCGCUGGUUGCAUGGCAGUUGCAUCGAGUGCCCACCCCAGCAAACGGGGGACGACGAACCAGUCAUCUUCAGCUUCUUCAGCGACAUCUCCCAGAACCCGACCAUCAUCGAGCAGGCCAUCCUGAUCACGCAGAACAUGCACAAACUCCUGGCUUCCCUCACCAAAUACCUAAACCGUUGGAAGCGGUACCGUCCCCUCUGGAAGCUGGACAAGGCCAUAGUCAUGGAGAAGUUUGCGGCCAAGAAGCCGCCUUGCGUGGUUUUCGACGAGAAGCUGCAGUUCUACAUGAAGGUGGCCCAGGAGGUCAUGCAGCAGCCCAUGGUCAAAGAUGAGCAGUGCAUCCGCCUGCUGCUGUCCCCGUUGGCCUUCACGGUCCAGGAGAACGCCAGAGGUUGGAUCACUUCCCUUGGGAAGCUACUCAACGAGUCAGCCAAGGAGGUGCUCUACAGUCUCCAAGAAAACAUUGAGAGAUUGUCGCACCAUCUGAAGACUACCCCCAGUACUUUGGAAGAUCUCAAAUUCGUCCUGGGCACCAUAGCCGAGAUCAAACAGAUAUCUCUAGAAGUGGAACUCAAGUAUUUGGAUAUUCAAGAGAGAUACCGGACCUUGGCCAUGUACAAUAUUGUUAUAUCAGAAGAAGAAAAAAGCUUGGUGGAUAAGAUAAAGCUGAUGUGGGAAACUCUUUAUACAGAGGCGUCCGGAGUCGAUCACAACCUGGGCAGCAUCAAAAAGACUUUUACGGAGAUCACAAGGGAGCAGAUUGGAAAUUACAGCAAGGAGAUCGACGACUUCUACCAGCGGUUCGUUACCGAGGGCCCCGGUUCUGUGGGUGAAAAUCUUGAUAGGGGGUUAGAGCUGAUGGUGGUGUUUGAAAGAGAACUGGAGAAGCACGAGAGGAAUCGUCAGGAACUGGCCAACGCCGAAAAGCUCUUCGACCUGCCCAUCACCAUGUACCCCGACAUGAUCAAAAUCCAGAAAGAAAUGAAAGGCCUCAGGCAGAUCUACGAAAUCUAUAAACUGCAGCAGGCCGCCAAAGAGGAAUGGUCUCAGACUCUCUGGGUCAACCUGAACGUCCAGGUGUUACAGGAAGGAAUUGAAGGGUAUCUCAAAACCCUCCGAAAGUUGCCGAAACAAGUCCGUAGCAUGCCGGUGGCCUAUCACCUGGAAGUAAAGAUGAAAUCUUUCAAGGAAGCCAUUCCUCUGCUGCUGGAUUUGAAGAAUGAAGCUUUGCGAGAAAGACACUGGAAGGAGCUGAUGACCAGGACCAAUACCUUUUUCGACAUGGCCACCGAAACCUUCACCUUGGAGAACAUGUUUGCCAUGGAACUGCACAAAUAUAUCGAUGUGAUCAACGAGAUUGUGGGGUCCGCCGUCAAAGAGCUGAGCAUCGAGAAGGGAGUGAAGGAAAUCAUUGAAACUUGGGAGAACAUGAAAUUUACCGUUCAGCGGUACUUCAAAGGGACUCAGGAACGGGGCUUCAUUUUGGGAGCCGUCGAUGAGAUCAUUCAGAUCCUGGACGACAACGCCGUCAACCUUCAAAGUAUCUCUGGAAGCAGAUUUGUGGCGCCUUUUUUGGCCACGGUCCACAACUGGGAGAAAACCCUCUCUUUGAUCGGCGAAGUGAUUGAGAUCUGGAUGAUCGUUCAGCGAAAAUGGAUGUAUCUGGAAAGCAUCUUCAUCGGCGGAGACAUCAGAUCCCAGCUGCCGGAGGAAGCCAAAAAAUUUGACAACAUAGACAGAGUCUUCAAAAGGAUCAUGGGAGAAACGGUCAAAGAUCCGGUGAUCAAGAGGUGCUGCGAAGCUCACAAUCGCCUUAGCGACCUCCAGAACAUUAGCGAUGGGCUGGAGAAAUGCCAGAAGAGUUUGAACGAUUAUCUGGAUUCCAAGCGGAACGCUUUCCCGCGCUUCUUUUUCAUCUCAGACGACGAGCUGCUCAGUAUCCUCGGGAGCAGCGACCCCUUAUGCGUUCAAGAGCACAUGAUCAAGAUGUACGACAACAUAGCUGCCCUGAAGUUUCACGAGGACGACAACGGGAUCAAGAUCGCCACUGCCAUGAUCAGCGCAGAAGGCGAAGUGAUGGAGUUUCGGAAAGCCAUCCCGGCGGAAGGCAGAGUUGAGAACUGGAUGACAGCCGUGCUGGUCGAAAUGCGAAGGACCAACAGGCUGGUCACCAAGGAAGCCAUCUUUCGGUAUUGCGAAGACCGAAGCAGAGUCGAUUGGAUGCUGAUGUAUCAGGGCAUGAUGGUGCUGGCAGCCAACCAGGUGUGGUGGACCUGGGAGGUUGAAGACGUCUUCCGGAAGGUUAAGAAAGGGGAGAAACAAGCCAUGAAGGUCUACGCCAAGAAAAUGCACCAGCAGAUUGACUCGCUGGUGACCCGGAUCACCAAGCCGCUAAGCAAGAACGACAGGAAGAAAUACAACACGGUUCUCAUCAUUGACGUCCACGCGAGGGAUAUUGUUGAUAACUUUGUACGAGACAGCAUUAUGGAAGCCCGUGAAUUUGAGUGGGAAAGCCAGCUGCGAUUUUACUGGGACCGCGAGCCCGACGAACUCAACGUCCGGCAAUGCACCGGGACUUUUUCUUACGGCUACGAAUACAUGGGCUUAAACGGACGCCUGGUCAUCACUCCCCUCACAGACCGGAUAUACCUGACGCUCACCCAGGCCUUGUCCAUGUACCUGGGUGGAGCUCCCGCUGGUCCUGCAGGAACCGGAAAAACGGAGACGACAAAGGAUCUCGCCAAAGCUUUGGGAUUGCUUUGCGUGGUCACCAACUGCGGAGAAGGCAUGGACUUCAAGGCCGUGGGUAAAAUCUUCUCGGGCCUCGCCCAGUGUGGAGCGUGGGGCUGCUUCGACGAAUUCAACCGGAUCGACGCUUCCGUCCUGUCGGUCAUCUCCUCCCAGAUUCAGACGAUCCGAAACGCCCUCAUGAACCAGCUGAAAACAUUUCAGUUUGAAGGGCAAGAAAUCACGCUGGACUCUCGGAUGGGGAUUUUCAUCACCAUGAACCCCGGCUACGCGGGACGAACGGAGCUUCCUGAAUCCGUAAAGGCCCUUUUCAGGCCGGUGGUGGUCAUUGUUCCCGACCUGCAGCAGAUUUGUGAAAUUAUGCUGUUCUCCGAGGGAUUUCUCCUGGCGAAAGUGCUAGCCAAGAAGAUGACUGUGCUGUACAAGUUGGCAAGGGAACAGCUGUCUAAACAACAUCACUACGAUUUUGGGCUUCGGGCUCUGAAGUCUGUCCUAGUCAUGGCCGGAGAACUGAAAAGAGGGUCUUCAGAUCUCCCAGAGGACGUGGUCCUCAUGAGAGCCCUGCGAGAUAUGAACCUCCCCAAAUUUGUCUUUGAAGACGUUCCUCUUUUCCUUGGCUUGAUCGCCGAUCUCUUCCCCGGAUUGGAUUGUCCUCGAGUCCGCUAUCCCAAAUUCAACGACGCAGUGGAAUACGUGCUGGCUGAAGAAGGUUACGUGGUUCUACCUGUCCAGGUGGAUAAAGUGGUCCAAAUGUACGAAACGAUGCUAACGCGACACACCACAAUGGUGGUAGGGCCAACCGGAGGUGGCAAGUCGGUGGUCAUCAACGCCUUGUGCCAUGCUCAGACAAAAUUAGGCCUGCUGACCAAGCUCUACAUCCUGAACCCCAAAGCCAUGAGCGUCAUCGAAUUGUACGGCAUCCUCGACCCCACUACACGGGACUGGACGGAUGGCGUUUUGUCCAACAUCUUCCGGGAAAUCAACAAGCCCACCGACAAGAAAGAGAGACGGUACAUAUUAUUCGAUGGCGACGUCGAUGCUCUCUGGGUAGAAAACAUGAAUUCUGUGAUGGAUGAUAACAAGCUGUUGACUCUGGCGAACGGGGAGCGGAUCCGGCUUCAAACCCAUUGUGCUCUUCUCUUUGAGGUCGGAGACCUACAAUACGCUUCUCCAGCCACCGUAUCACGUUGUGGGAUGGUCUUUGUAGACCCGAAGAAUUUGAGAUACAGGCCUUAUUGGGAUAAAUGGACAAAAGAAAGGAGCAAGCAAGAGAAACAACUGUUGGACAGAUUGUUUGACAAAUACGUGCCUUGCUUGAUCGAAAUGAUUGUCGAAGGGAUUGUGGACGGACGGCAAGGAGAAAAAAUGAAGAUGAUUAUCCCGCAGACGGAUCUGAACAUGGUGACUCAGUUGAGCAUGAUGCUCGAUUCGCUGAUUGAGACUGAAGUGGAGGAUCCCGAUAUACUUGAAUGCUACUUCCUGGAAGCCAUUUACUGCUCCUUGGGAGCCAGCCUCCUUGAAACAGGCAGGGGGAAAUUUGAUGACUUCAUUAAACGCAUCUCUUCCAUGUCAACCAUCAACGACGAGAUGAUUUUAGCGAAACCGGGAGAAUUGCCAGGGCAGCUGCCCACCUUGUACGAUUUCCACUUUGACGGGCGCACGAAAAGGUGGGUGCCCUGGAGCAGCUUGGUCGCGCAGUACCACCACUCGCCUGUAGUGAGAUUUAUCGACAUCCUAGUUCCAACUGUGGACACGACCCGGACCACUUGGCUCCUGGAGAAGAUGGUGAAGAUCAAGCGGCCGAUGGUUCUGGUAGGAGAAUCGGGGACCUCCAAGACGGCCACGACGCAGAACCUGCUCAGGAAGCUGAACCCGGACACAAACGUGCUACUGGUGAUCAACUUCUCCUCUCGCACCACCUCCAUGGACAUUCAGCGGAACAUGGAAGCCAACGUGGAGAAGCGGACCAAGGAAACGUACGGGCCUCCCAUGGGCAAACGGCUCCUGGUCUUUAUGGAUGACAUGAACAUGCCUCGGGUGGAUGAAUACGGCACCCAGCAGCCCAUCGCUCUGUUGAAACUGCUGCUGGAGAAGGGCGCCUUGUACGACCGGGGGAAGGAGAUGAACUGCAAAUACCUCCGCGACUUGGGCUUCAUUGCCGCCAUGGGCAAAGCCGGGGGCGGCCGUAACGAAGUGGACCCGCGCUUCAUUUCGCUCUUCAGCGUGUUCAACGUGCCCUUCCCUUCGGAAGUGUCCCUGCACUUGAUUUAUGCCUCCAUUUUGAAAGGGCACCUGGCGACCUUUGACGAGUCCAUCUCUGCCAUUGCGGACAAAAUCACCACCUGUACUCUGACCCUUUACGAAACCAUCGUCCGCGACCUGCCACCAACGCCUUCAAAGUUCCACUACAUCUUUAACCUGCGCGAUCUCUCCAGGGUGUACAACGGGUUGGUUCAAACCACCCCAGAACGGUUCCAGACAGUCACCCAGAUGGUGAGGGUGUGGAGGAACGAAUGCCUGCGGGUUUUCCACGACCGGCUGAUCAACAAGGCAGACAAAGCCCUGGUUCAAGGCCACAUACAACACCUGCUAGAAGCGAAUUUCAAAGACUCGGCUGAAAAUGCAAUCAGGGACCCCAUCCUGUUUGGAGAUUUCCGAAUGGCCCUGAACGAGGGGGAGCCUCGCGUUUACGAAGACAUCCAAGAUUAUGACGCAGCCAAAGCUCUCUUCCAGGAGAUUUUGGAAGAAUACAAUGAAGUGAACACGAAGAUGAACCUCGUGCUGUUCGACGACGCUCUGGAGCACUUGACGCGGGUUCAUCGUAUCAUCCGGAUGGACCGGGGCCACGCCCUGCUGGUAGGCGUCGGUGGCUCCGGAAAGCAGUCCUUGGCGAGAUUAGCAGCCUACACCGCCGGAUGUGAGGUCUUUGAAAUAGUUCUCAGCCGAGGAUACAGCGAGAACAAUUUACGGGAAGACCUCAAGAUUCUCUACACGAGGCUCGGGAUCGAGAAUAAAGUCAUCGUCUUCCUCUUUACGGAUGCCCACGUGGCAGAAGAAGGAUUCCUGGAGCUCAUCAACAACAUGUUAACCUCAGGCAUCGUCCCAGCCUUGUACGCGGAUGACGAGCGGGACAACAUCCUCAGUCAAAUCACCCAGGAAGCCAUGAAAACGGGCAUCGCGCCAGCCAAAGAGAGCGUCUGGCAGUACUUUGUCAACAAGAGCGCCAACAACCUCCACAUUGUCCUCGGGAUGUCCCCUGUGGGGGAGACCCUGAGAACUCGCUGCCGAAAUUUUCCAGGCCUCGUCAACAACACCGGCAUCGAUUGGUUCCUGCCCUGGCCUCCUCAAGCUCUGUAUGCCGUUGCAAAGUUCUUUUUGGGGAACAACCCGCUCAUCCCCUCGGAGCACACCGAGGAGCUGAUCGCCCACAUCGUCAUGGUCCACGGUUCGGUCGGCGUCUACAGCAAGAAAUUCCUGCAGAAGCUCAGGAGGAGCAAUUACGUCACGCCCAAGAAUUACCUGGAUUUCAUCAACACUUACACCAAGCUGCUGGAGGACAAGAAUCAUUUCAUUUUGGCUCAAUGCAAGCGCCUGGAAGGCGGCUUGGAUAAACUGAAAGAAGCCACAAUUCAGCUGGACGAGCUCAACCUGAAGCUGGCCGAGCAGAAGAUUGUGUUGGCGGAGAAAUCGGCCGCCUGCGAAGCUCUCCUUCAAGAGAUCGCCACCAAUACGGCCAUCGCCGAGGAGAAGAAAAAACUGGCCGUCGAGAAAGCCAUGGAGAUCGAAGAGCAGAACAAAGUCAUCGCGGUGGAGAAGCGGGAAGCCGAGACGGCCCUGGCAGAAGCCAUGCCUAUCUUAGAGGCCGCCAAGCUGGAGCUGCAGAAGCUGGAUAAAUCCGAUGUGACGGAGAUCAGGUCCUUCGCAAAGCCCCCCAAGCAGGUGCAGACGGUCUGCGAAUGUAUCCUCAUCAUGCGUGGCUACAAGGAGCUCAACUGGAAGACGGCCAAAGGGAUGAUGUCAGAGGCCAACUUCUUGCGCUCCCUGAUGGAGAUUGACUUUGAUUCGAUCUCACAGGCCCAAGUGAAAUCCGUCCGAGGUUUGCUGAAGACGUUAAACACAACCUUUGAGGAAAUGGAAGUGGUCAGCCGAGCUGGCUUGGGGAUGCUGAAGUUUGUGGACGCCGUCAUGAGUUACUGUGAUGUGGCCAAAGACGUCAAACCCAAGAGAGAAAAGGUGGCCAGGCUGGAACGGAACUUCUUCUUGAGCAAACGGGAACUGGAGAAGAUCCAGGCAGAGCUGACGGCCAUCCAGAACGAGCUGAAAGCCCUGGGAGAUAAGUACGAGGCAGCCAUCAGGGAAAAGCAGCAGCUCCAGGAGGAAGCGGAGAUCAUGGAACGCCGGCUGAUUGCAGCGGACAAGCUGAUCUCCGGCUUGGGAUCGGAAAAUAUCAGGUGGCAGAACGACCUGGAGGAACUCAAGAAGAAGCAGGUGAAGCUUCUGGGAGAUUGUCUGCUCUGCGCGGCCUUCCUGAGCUACGAAGGAGCCUUCACCUGGGAAUUCAGAGCCGAGAUGAUUAAGGAAGUCUGGCAGGCAGACAUCCUGUCCAGGGAGAUCCCACUGAGCCAGCCCUUCCGUUUGGAAAACCUCUUGACCGACGAAGUUGAGAUAAGUCGGUGGGGCUCUCAGGGUCUGCCCCCAGACGAGCUCUCUGUUCAUAACGGGAUCUUGACCACCCGAGCCAGCCGCUUCCCGCUCUGCAUUGACCCCCAGCAGCAAGCCUUAAAUUGGAUCAAGAGGAAAGAAGAGAAAAACAACCUCAGGAUGGCUUCCUUCAACGACCCGGAUUUCCUCAAGCAGCUGGAAAUGGCCAUCAAGUACGGGAACCCUUUCUUGUUCCACGAUGUGGAUGAAUACAUUGACCCGGUCAUUGAUAACGUCUUGGAAAAAAACAUCAAAACCAGCCAGGGACGGAUGUUCAUUAUUCUCGGGGACAAGGAGGUGGACUACGACCCCAACUUCAAGCUCUACCUGAACACCAAGCUGGCUAACCCUAAAUAUUCACCAUCCGUGUUUGGCAAAGCCAUGGUCAUCAACUACACAGUGACCUUGAAGGGGUUGGAGGACCAGCUGCUUAGUGUGAUUGUGGGCUUCGAAAGACGUGAACUGGAAGAGCAACGGGAACAUCUCAUCCAAGAAACCAGUGAGAACAAAAACUUGCUGAAGGACCUGGAAGACUCCCUUCUCCGUGAACUGGCUACCUCCACGGGGAACAUGCUGGACAACGUGGAGCUGGUCCACACCCUGGAGGAGACAAAGGCCAAAGCUAAUGAGGUCUCUGACAAACUCAAGCUGGCCGAGAAAACAGCCAUCGACAUCGACAAACUGCGAGAUGGCUACCGCCCUGCGGCCAAGAGAGGCGCCAUUUUGUUUUUCGUGCUGUCCGAAAUGGCCCUGGUCAACACCAUGUACCAAUACUCCUUGUCCGCCUUCCUGGAUGUCUUCGGUCUCUCGCUCCGGAAAUCUAUGCCCGACACCAUCCUUGCCAAGAGGUUGCGCAACAUCAUGGACACGUUGACUUUUAAUAUUUACAACUACGGCUGCACGGGCUUGUUUGAGAAGCACAAACUCCUUUUCUCCUUCAACAUGACCAUCAAGAUUGAACAGGCCGAUCACAGGGUUCCCCAGGAAGAGCUGGAUUUCUUUCUGAAAGGCAAUCUCUCCUUGGAGAAGAGUGCCCGGAAGAAGCCGUGUCUCUGGCUUGCCGAUCAAGGCUGGGAGGACAUCAUCCGCGUGGCCGAACUCUUCCCGGAAAAAUUCGGCUCUCUUCCAAACGACCUCGAAGAGAAACUCCCUGAUUGGAAAGCGUGGUAUGAUAUCGACGCACUGGAACAAAGUCCGUUCCCCAUGAACUACAACAGCGUCCUCACCAACUUCCAGAAGCUGCUCCUCUUACGAUGCUUCCGAGUGGAUCGGGUCUAUCGUGCCGUGACCGACUAUGUCACCCUCACGAUGGGUGUGAAGUAUGUCCAGCCUCCGGUGAUCAGCUUCGAGGCCAUCUACGAGCAGAGUACCCCUAAUUCACCCAUUGUCUUCAUCCUGAGCCCUGGCUCUGACCCUGCCACUGACCUCAUGAAACUGGCCGAUCGGUCGGGCUUUGGAGGGAACCGGCUCAAAUUCCUGGCAAUGGGCCAGGGGCAGGAGAAGGUGGCGCUGCAGCUGCUGGAGAACGCCGUGGCCCGUGGACAGUGGCUCAUGUUGCAGAAUUGUCAUCUCUUGGUGAAGUGGCUGAUCGACCUGGAGAAGGCCCUCGAAAGGAUUACCAAGCCUCACCCGGAUUUCCGACUCUGGUUGACCACUGACCCCACCAAAGGUUUUCCCAUUGGGAUCCUUCAGAAAUCUCUCAAGGUUGUCACAGAGCCCCCCAACGGCUUGAAGCUCAACAUGAGAGCGACCUUCUUCAAAAUCUCCCACGAGUCCCUCGACCAGUGUCCUCACACCGCCUUCAAGUCCUUGGUCUACGUCUUGGCGUUUUUCCACGCUGUGGUGCAGGAGAGGAGGAAGUUUGGGAAGAUCGGUUGGAACGUCCCCUACGAUUUCAACGAAUCGGAUUUCCAGGUCUGCAUGGAGAUACUCAACACUUACUUGUCCAAAGCUUUCCAGCAAAACGACGACAAAAUUCCAUGGGGGAGCCUGAAGUAUCUCAUCGGAGAGGUGAUGUACGGCGGGCGAGCCAUCGACAGCUUCGACCGGCGCAUCCUUACGAUUUACAUGGACGAAUACCUGGGGGAUUUUAUCUUCGACACUUUCCAGCCUUUCCACUUUUUCUGCAAUGACGAUGUGGAUUACCGAAUCCCCGAAGGGACAUCGAAGGACGAUUAUGUGGAAGAGAUUGAGUCCCUACCACUCGCCAACACGCCAGAGGUGUUUGGUCUGCAUCCGAACGCUGAAAUUGGGUACUAUACCCAGGCAGCCCGCGAUAUGUGGUCGCAUCUCUUAGAGCUACAGCCCCAAACAGGGGAAUCCGGUGCUGGGAUCAGCCGGGACGAGUACAUUGCUCAGGUUGCCAAGGACAUCGAGAACAAGAUGCCCAAGAUUUUCGACCUCGAUCACAUCAGGAAAGCUUUGGGCAUCGACAUCUCGCCGACAACGGUAGUGCUGCUGCAGGAACUGGAGAGGUUCAACAAACUCAUCGUCCGGAUGACCAAAUCCUUGGCCGAGCUGCAGAGGGCCUUGGCUGGGGAGGUUGGCAUGAGCAACGAACUGGACGAAGUGGCCCGGGCUCUCUUCAACGGUCACAUCCCAAACAUCUGGAGGAAGUUGGCUCCCGACACACUGAAGACCCUGGGCAACUGGAUGAUUUAUUUUAAGACCAGGUUUCUCCAGUACACGUCGUGGGUUGAAGACAGCGAGCCCAGCGUCAUGUGGCUGUCGGGGCUGCACAUCCCCGAGUCCUACCUCACGGCGCUUGUCCAAGCCACCUGCAGAAAGAACGGCUGGCCGCUCGACCGCUCCACUUUAUACACCCAAGUCACCAAAUACCGGACCGCCGACGAGGUCACGGAACGGCCGGGCCAAGGGUGUUUUGUGUCCGGCCUGUAUUUGGAGGGGGCCGACUGGGACUUGGACAACGGCUGCCUGGUCAGGAGCAAACCCAAAGUGCUGGUUGUGGAUUUGCCCAUCCUGAAGGUCAUCCCCAUCGAGGCCCAUCGGCUCAAGCUCCAGAACACUUUCCGGACACCCGUCUACACGACCUCCAUGCGGAGAAACGCCAUGGGGGUGGGAUUGGUAUUUGAAGCUGAUCUGUUUACCACAAGGCACAUUUCUCAUUGGGUCCUCCAAGGUGUUUGCCUCACCUUAAAUGCCGAUUGAGCAUCGGUUUCAGCCAUUGCCGUAGCUCCCCUGUUAACCAGCGUUUGGGAAGAGGUGAAGAAAGAAGGGGGGAAAAAAAAAAAACUGGCCACUGGAGGCUUCCUGGUUGCAAAGUUAAGUUUUUGAAGGUUUGUUUUAAAAAAUUUUCAGUUGCCGUUUCUCGUUCCUUUUUAAAAAAAAAAAAAACCACAGCAAAUAUUUAUACAUUGCACUUUUUAUAUCAAUAAUUUUGCAGUUGUGUUUGAUGUGAAAGAUGUAGU